AUGGAGAAGAAGCGGGUGGUCAUCGUCGGAGCAGGCGUCAGCGGCCUCACGGUGUGCAAGCACCUCCUGGAGCUCGGCUGCCAGCCGACCGUCUUCGAGGCCGACACCAUGCUCGGCGGUGUGUGGGCGCGCGCCAUGGCCAGCACCAAGCUCCAGACGCCGCGGUCCAUGUACCAGUACUCCGACUUCCCGUGGCCGGAGAGCGUGACGGAGGAGUUCCCGAGCCACCGCCAGGUGGCGGCGUACCUCGACGCGUACGCGCGCCACUUCGGCGUGCUCAGCUGCGUCCGUUUCGGCCACCGGGUGGUCGGCAUGGAGUACCACGGCGUCGGCGAGCAGGCCAUGGCCGCGUGGGAGGAGUGGGCUGGGAACGGCCAGGCGUUCAGCUCCGGCGCCGGCGAGUGGCGGCUGUCGGUGGCCGACGACGAUGGCCACGUGGAGAAAUUGGUUUUUACCUUUACGCAGACACACAAAGCAGACUUUGUCGUUCUUUGCAUAGGGAUGUUCAGUGGUGUGCCCGACAUACCCACAUUCCCAGCAGGUAAAGGUCCAGAAGUAUUUGAUGGGCAUGUGAUCCACUCCAUGGAUUAUGCCAAAAUGGGCACAAGUAAAGCUAAGGAGAUGAUCAGGGGCAAGCGUGUGACUGUCGUUGGCUACAUGAAAUCUGCACUUGAUAUUGCCGCUGAAUGUGCCGAAGUAAAUGGCACUGCUCACCCAUGUACAAUGGUGGUCCGGACAAAGCACUGGAUCGUACUGGACUACUCCGUCUGGGGCAUCAAUGGCAAAAACUUCACUCUCAACCGUUUCUCUGAACUCCUCAUCCACAAGCCUGGCGAGGGCCUCCUCCUGUCGAUCUUGGCCACUCUCCUGACUCCCUUGGUAACUACAUAA